AUGUCGGUCGCAAGCAAGAACCUGUUCGAGCUCCUCGGCAACGAUGCCGAGGAUGACACUCCUCAGGCGCCCGUGAAGACGGUUGAGAAGAACUCUCUGCGCUCAACCAAGCGCGGCGUCGAGCCCGAGGCCCCUUCCCGUGCCCCCGCUGCCGGUGGUGCCCGUCGCAACAACGCCUCUGGCAACGAGGCUGACCUUGACCCGCUGACACGACUUCUCCCGCCCAUAGCCUUCCGUGACCGCGGUGCUGGUAGCGACCGCAACCGUGGCAAGACCACCGACGAGCCUGCUAGAGGCGGCCCUCGUGGCGGCUACGGUGCCCGUGCCCGUGGAGGCCGUGGUGGACGUUUCCCCCGUGAGCGUGAUGACCGCCAGUCUAAGGGUCUCGCCAGCGGCUCCGAGAAGCAGGCUGCCCAGUCUUGGGGCGCCACCGAGGGUGAGGCUGAGCGCAAGGACGAGGUUGCCGGCGAGGCCAUUGCCCAGGCUGAGGCUAAGGACGCUGAGGCCGAGGCCGCUGCUCCCCUCGAGCCCGAGGAGCCCGAGGAGAAGCAGGUCUCCUACACCGAGUACCUUGCCCAGCUUGCCGAGAAGAAGCUCGCCAUCGAGGGCAACAACAAGGUCCGCGAGGCCAACGAGGGCACCAAGCUCAAGAAGGAGUGGGCUUCCGCCAAGGAGGUCUCCCGCGAUGAGGAUGAGAACUUCAUGAUCGGCACCGGUGGCAAGACCAAGCGCGAGCGUGAGCGCAAGACCAAGCAGCUCUUGGAUAUCGACCAGCGUUACGUCGAGCCCGAGCGCUCUUCCCGCGGCGGUGCCGGCGGCCCCCGUGGUGGCCGUGGCGGUCCCCGUGGCGGUGCCCGCGGUGGUGACCGUGGUGACCGUGGCGGUCGCGGACGCGGCGAUGGUGCCCGCGGUGCCCCCCGUGGUGGUGCCCCCCGUGGCGGCCGUCCCCAGGGCGCGCAGAUCAACACUAAGGACGAGUCUGCGUUCCCCAGCCUCGGCGGCAAAUAA